CUUAUCUCAAGCUGCAGAAGUGUGUUACACCACGCCUCACAUGGGAUGCAACGCACUCAAGGCCUGCUGGCUAACAUAGAUACAGAACUAAGCUAAAGGCACUGCACAUGUUUAUGUUUCACUGCGCUUCAUCCUGGACUGGGAAUUAAACAGCAAAUGAAAAUGUCAAGGAGAGACACGAUCAUCUUUUUUCUGUUUUUACUGCUCAAGUUCUUAACGGCUCAAAAUCCAUGCUCAAAGGAGACGGACUGCCCCAAAGAGAACCAGGAUGUAUUUAGUUCAUCUACAACGGAGAUCCCACGCACUCUGAGACCUGGUGUAACAGAGGUGUUUUUUGUCGGUAGCCAGAUACUAACAAUCCCCAAAGCUGCCUUUUCUCAAAAUCCCCAACUUGAGAAGGUGGAGUUCAUGGACACUAACACAACAACUAUAGAGCUGGGGGCUUUUGAAGGUUUGGCACAUCUCAAGAAUAUCGAGAUCUCCAGCACUCCAUUAACGUCAGUCCCAGCUGGAGUUUUCAAAGAUCUCAACAACCUGGAGAUAAUUAUCCUAAAGUUUAACAAGCUACGUAGACUUGAGAAAGGCUUGUUUGAAGGCCUUGUAAAACUAAAAGAGCUCCAUUUACAUGGGAAUGACAUUGGAUUGAUUGAAGACGAGACAUUUGAUGGUCUUGACAACCUUGUAGUGCUCAGUUUAGCUAAAAACAAUCUCUCUGCUGUAUCAACUGAACUGUUCUCUAAUCUAAAUAAACUGCAGACUAUACGUCUCUAUGAAAAUCAGUUGACCACCAUUCCUGAAGAUAUUUUUCACAAUUUACCAAAUUUGAAGGAAAUUGGCUUGCAGGGAAACAAACUAACAGAGCUGCCACCUAAUCUGUUUCCACACAAAGACAAACUAACUAAGCUGCUACUGGAUAGCAAUCUUCUGACAGCUUUACCUCAAGAAUUUUUUGUUGGUUUUCCUCAGCUUAAAACUCUGACCCUAAAGAAAAACAUGCUGAGGAGUCUGCCACCAGUGCUUUUUGGAGAAAUGCCUAAACUGACUGACUUAAGCCUCAGUCAAAACAAUCUUAGCACUCUUCCCAAAGGAAUAUUCAGUCCUCUUAAUAAAGUCAAGAAGCUAGAUCUGUCCAAAAAUCAAUUUGUCACCGUGUCCGCUCAGUACUUUAACGGUCUUGAGAAGCUCACAGAACUCAAUCUACAGAACAACACGAUAGAGGCCCUGGAUGAAGACAUUUUUCAAGAGCUACAAUCAUUGAUCACGCUCAAGCUUGCUCAAAACAACCUCCAGACACUUCCUGAGGAUAUUUUUCGCCCUUUAACAAAACUCAAAAAACUCGACCUCAGCAAUAACCCUUGGCACUGUGACUGUAAACUCAUUGGAUUCUAUACCUGGAUGAAGGAAAACUCUAAGCUUGUGUCCAACAUUGUCUGUGAGUAUCCAGAACAUCUAAAAUUGAAGGAAAUCAUAUCAUUAACAGAGGACCAAUUAAUUUGCCCCACCACUCCCCCGACAACCACCCUCUUAACCACCACAACACCAACUACCACCACUACUACGACUCUCCCAACAACCACCAUCCUUCCUACCACAACACCUCUCACUACAACACCAACCACAACUCUACCAACCACUACGUUGACCACAACACUCCUUACUACAGAGCAAACCACCACCACAGUCCCAACCACCCCUUUACUUACAACAACAACCACUAUUUCUACCACACAACUAGUCACAACUACACCUGCUACAACCACUAUGAGCACAGCCAAGGUGACAACAAUUCUUCCCACAACCCCAACUUUGCCUACAACUACGAUGACAACAAUGCCACCCACCACAACAACUGCUCCCACAACUACUGCAACAACAACUGCUCCCACAACUACUGCAACAACUGCAACAACAACUGCUCCCACAACUACUGCAACAACAACUGCUCCCACAACUACUGCAACAACAACUGUUCCCACAACCACAACUAUUGCAACAACAACUGUUCCCACAACUACUGCAACAACAACUGUUCCCACAACCACUGCAACAACAACUGCUCCCACAACUACUGCAGCCACAACUGUACCAACAACCGUUCUGACAACAAUUCAACCAAUGACCACCACUACAACAACCACAAGUUUACCCACCACAACAACAACAACUACAAUGACAACUAGACCUCCAACAACUACAUCCACAUCAACCACAUUCAGGACUACCCAACCAACAACCACCCAAACAACGACAUCUCCUCCACCUACCACUCCUGUCAUCUUUACCUGUCCCACCAUAUCACCCACUCAGGAGGCUCCUGCUUCUUUCAAGUAUCAGAGAAAAACAAAAGUUCAGAAGUGCAAAUCUCAGAUGAUGAUUUACAUUGCACUGCUGGUGGUGGAGAUCACCUGCACACUGACACUGGCUAAGUGCACCAUAUCUCUAUACCGUCUGCUGCAGCACAGAGAGAAGAUGAACAGCUGGGUCAAACUCACCCGCUUCUCCUACAGGAGAGAGGUCAUCCUGAGGCCUCUUCGAGAGGCAGAGACUCGCGGGCUUUAAAAAACACCAGCACCUCAGAGAAAAUUCACAGUUUGAUCACCAUAAUGGAAAAUGGGCUAGUAUCACUCGUGUGACCUGACCUCAGUCCUGCAAUAACUGAUUUCCUGCAAUGUAGUGGAUGAAGAAACAUAGAUAGGUAGUGAUGUGACCCAUAAUCCUGAUGGAAAUAUCCAUUAGUGUAGCUUUAAUUAAAAAUGUAUUAUGCAUAUUGCAAAUAACAUCAGUCACAUGCUAAUUAUAUGCUUCAUGAUGGACAUACCAUGCAGAGGCCACCCAACAUGAAAAGGAUUUUUGUAAACAUAAUAAUAUGUGAUAAUGUGGACUGAACAAAAUGUGGCUUCCUGGAAGUCGUUUGUCAAGUCAAUCUGUCUCUGUGUAUGUAUCUGUGUUUGUAGAUUUGGAAUUUAUUUAAAAAUGAACUGAGAAAAAAAACACAAUUUGCAAUGUACAUUCAUUGAAAAUGUACGGUAAAUUCAUAAAGUAGCAGAAUGAAAAAAUGAGGAGGAGGUUAAAUUAAUUAAAAAAUAAUUAUACCUUGUAUUAGACAAAAGCACAGGAAUAUAGCAGUAAGUCAGAUUCAUUAACCCUCUCUGUGUGAACAUGUGUGGAUUUGUGUGUGUGUGUAAAAUUAUUUAUCUACAGACUGUCUCCUUCUGUUUGAUCCCAAAAUGCCUUUUUUUCUUCUUCUGAAGACAGCAGAAGACCAUGUCAGUUUACCAUGAGGCUAACGUUUUUGAGGUUGAUUACAUUUACAUUCAACAAACCA